CAGCAAUCCUGAUCAUCCCGCUCGGUGGUGGUUACGCUGGCAUUUAGCUGGCACACAGCAGCAAGUGCUCGACAGUACGACAGGAGAGAUCGGAGGUCGUUGGCCGGUUUGCCGGGCAAGAUCGCGAGAGGCGAGCUGGGGCAUUCGCCAGCUAUUUCCUGCACUCUGAUCGAGCAAAACUAAUUUUUGUCGUUCUGGAACGUGGCUGCCUGGUGAUCCUAUACCCCCUAGCUGCACUGGUGGUAUGUUGUGUGCUACCACUACCACUGUAGAUGUCUACCAGUGGAGGGUGAGCGAUAUCACUGCCCUGAUCUGAUGAUUCUAGUGCAAGUAAAGAUCGUGUGCGUGUGAGAAAGCCGGUUGAAAGUAAGGAAAAGACAGAGACGUCGUUGCUGCCAGUGAGUGUGCCCGUUGUGCUCUGUGCCCCUGCAGUGCUGUAGCCAGUACCACUAACAGCGCGGGUUCUGCUGUGGCUGUGAGAGACUGACAGUGCACAGUGCUAACGACGUGUUGUUACUGUUAGCGUCUACCUGUCAUCAUUCGUCACACAGUUUUACCGGCGUUGGUGUGGAUGUGUGCGCUAUCUCAUUCUCAGUGUCCGUGUGUGUUUGAUAUCGUGUGCAUUGUGUACUUGGGCCCUAGUUGGGGCCGUUGGGGUUCGGUCGAUACCAGUUACCAGUCGUGUCUCUAGACUCUAUCUCAUCUGUGAGUGUGACAUCGUUCCUACUGAACACAAAAAUAAUCCUGGCUACUGGCUGUGCUCCGCACGGAUGUACGCAGGGACCGUGUGUGGGAGCCCUGCGUAACAGCACGACGCAACAAUCUCGAAAUAUUUCUCAAUGUGCUGGCAGUUAGACUCUGUCUUGACAUUAACUACUUCGCUCAGCGGCACGACUCCGACUCCGACUCCUGGCCACAAGGCACCCAUCCAGCAUAAACAGCGGCCAAAUAGUACCAUCACGGCGGAUAUACUCUCUGAAGUCGGAAGCAUUCCUGCUGCGCGCUGCCACAGGAAGAGGAAAGGAGACUGGCCGCCAGUGGCACAAAUCGGGAUUCACACGUACCUUAGUUUCAACGACGUGUCGUUAUAGUAUUCUCGUGACGGCGGCGACACAUUCGAAUUGAAAGCGGCCGCAUACUUCUACCCGUAAGUGCAGGAUCCUAGGAGGCGUGAGAGAGCCCGACACUAGGCGCUAGGCGGAGGACGAGUUCAUCAACAUUACUCUUUAGGAGCGCGUAGCGGUGUUCAAUACGGUGUUCUUGUGCGCCCAGCAUGGCGGCAUGUUACCCAAGUUCCACCGCUCGCUUGCGAUCUUCUUCUCUGGAGUCGAUGUUGGAUGCCCAUGGUCAACUCAUACAGCAGGAUGAAGCGUACUCGUCCGUUGCUAUCAAGAACGGUGUGCCUAUGCUGGUGAAUGGUUCGUCGUCUUCAGCAUCUUCAUCGCAACGCGUGCAACAUCAUCAUCAACAUCAACAACAGCAAGCACGCAUGGAUCUGCACCAGCCUCUUCAGCAACAGCCGAGGACUCAAGGUGGAUGCUCUGUAGUGUAUGUCCAGUAUGCUGGAAUCACCAAGACCAUGCCGUUACGUCCCUCGGAGCUGAACAUCCGUGGUGUCCGCUCCUUGUUCCUGGCAGCGUUCCCCAAUUACGUUGACAUUUCAAUGCUGCAGGCCCCAUUUGGUGCUAUCUUCAUGCAGCUACCGGGCCGUGAUGAGAAGGUCAUGCUGAACAACCCAAGGGCUAUUGUAGAUCAAACAGUCCUGGAGCUGCGAGAAGUACACCCCAACAACGGUAUCGGAUCAUCUCAAUCUUCUUCCUCUUCCACCUCGUAUAACCCAUCCACGGCACACCGACAACAGCAAGGUACUGGUAACAUUACUCUCCAUGGCAACAGCCAAUCGUCCGUCAGUGGUAACGCUGGCGCAGGAACUAACAGUGGAGGUAGGUUCUCGUCCGUACGCACUGGCAACUCUGCAAGUACACCCGUGGACCUCCAUGCCGUCUCCUACAAAUCAGCCCUACUCCCAACAUCGCACACCAACCCAGCAGCUAUUGUACCCAUAGCGUCAUCCGCAAUAGCUGCUAUGCCAUCAGCAAAUGGUGGUAGCGGUGGUGGUGGAUCCGGCCAAGUGUUUUCUUCAUCAUCAUCCAGCAGUUCACUAGAUCCGCCAUGGACAAGAACACCGAGUGGAUCCUUAACACGCUCAAACCAAACUAAUGCAAGGCAGGCACCACUGCAGUCAGUCGGAGGUGAGUUUGAGCAACAGAACGGUCAUCACCACCAGCACCAGCAGCAGCAACAGCAGCAGCGGGGUCACACACCUCUCUCUGGCCGUUCAUCGCUGCCAUUGCAAGGGACGGGCUCAGCUGCACAGAAUGGUGCUGGUGUGGUUACCCGUCAGUCGCUUGCCAAUCAUCAACAACAACUGCAGCAGCAGCAGCAACAACAGCAGCAACAGCAGCAGCAGCAACAACAGCAGCAGGCUAUCAAACAGCGUCCAGUAAGUCAAUACCAGCCUCAAUGGGAUCACCAGCACACACACUCUGAUAACUCUGAUCGUGAAAGCAUGCGGCUACAGCGGCACAGUACCGAUCUAACCGACGUGCUUCAGCAGCCUCCUCGCAGCCGUCUUCAGUCCAGUGAAGUCGAAGUGUUUACCCCAAGGGAUGGAAGUGCUCCCGCACAUGGUAUUGGCAAUGGUGACACUGGUACUGGUAAUACUAGUGCUAACAGUACAUCUGUCACUGGAUUACAGCAACAAGUGGCACGACUAACUGCAAUGGUAGCCGUACUGCAGGGUAGUCAAGACCUCAACGAGGCACGUACCCAUAGCAACACAGCUCCCAUGGCAACCACCACUUCAGCCACAGGAGCGAUGGGUAGCAGUCGGACCACUGCUUCAGCCACAGGAGCGUUGGGUAGCAGUCGGAGCUUGGACAGGAGUGCUUCUUUUACUUCACGCCGUGCAUCACGAAGUGUCGAGUCCAUCGCUAAACGCAGCAACGGAAGUCUACGCUAUUCCCCGGGAAGUUUAACGCAUGUACAUACCAUUGGACGUAGUGUGGUACCAGCUCUGCAUCUCACACCCAAGUUGUUAGAAGCACAGUCGUCCAUCAGUGUGUUGCGGAGAGAUCUGGACACUGUCACCAAGCUACAGCUCAAACUACAGAAAGAGCAAGCGAUGUGGAUCGAGGCAGUCAGAAACAAACUGACAUUAGCCAUUAACACCGCCCUGGCUACAAGACAAAUAGCUGAGUGCGAUCUUCCCGAGAAUGUGAAGAAGCGAUCCGAGCAAGUACAGCGCCGUCAUGAUCUAACUAGCAGGACUUCUGAUUACCAGUCUCAGUGUGACGCGGUCACACAGGAUAUACGUGAGCUCUGUGCCAUGGUAGAGAGUAUGAGAGUUGAUGUCACCGAGCACCACUGCCAGGUUGAUGCUGUGGAAGUGGACGCCAUCGGUGUGGCUUUGGCAAAUGCUACACAAAAGAUGACAACUCUAAAAGAUGAUGUCAGUACUGUCGUUGAUGAUUUGAAGCCGAUAAUGCAGUCUGAACUGGAAGUUAUUGUUUCUGAAGAGAAGUUUAUCAGCACAUGGCCUGUAUCGGUUUUGGACGAGUACCUUGAAGACUGUCAGAACCUACAAAAAACUGUUGCAGCACUCAAACAGCAUAGCAAUCGAACGCUCUCGCCGCGUCCUGUUGUCAUCUCUGCCAGUUCUGAUGACGUCCGGGGCAGUCACAAUGAGUUGAUGGACAGUAUACAAGCUGUGGUACCUAAUCAUGAUGAACGACUGAUGUCCACUGAGUUGGCUCAGCAAGCAUACCAGAAGAGAAAACUCUUGUCAAAAUCUCACAAGGUGAAGACGUUUGAAUCCGCUCUGGCGGACGCACGCAAUCACCUGAAGUCUACGGAGAAUGACAUAGAAACUGAGAAGCGUCGUCGCCAGGCACUCUACACCCUCUAUAAGCAAGAGAGGCAGCCAGCACCUAGACUUGCAGCACCUGCAGCCACAGUUACUAUGACUGCUGCUGCUGGUGGUGCUGUCCCUGGCAAUCACCACCAGCAACACACUGACAUGAGAUUGGCCGCGCGUAAACCAACCACACAGCAGCAGCAAGCACAGAUGAUGAGAGUACAACUUGCAGCACAGGCCAGCAGUGGUGGUAGUAACACGACGAGUGCUAGUGAAGACAUGAUGGAUCGGCAGAUCAACGGUUUUAGAAUGAUGGAUAAGUCAUCAGCUGCUGCUACUGGUGCUGGUGGAGCUGGACUACACGCCAUGUCCACACAGACUGUGUUCAUCCAUUCGGACACAUCAGUCAACAAGCUAACAGAUGAUUGCAGUCACCAGCCAAAUAGCGCAGACACUGGCAACAUUGCUGCAGGGAAUUCAUCCCACAGUGCAUACCCCAGUAAGCAGCAGCAGCAGCAGAAAUUUUCCCGGCAGCUGCUUGGCAGCGACCCAACGACAUCAUCAAAUGGCUCAGCAAGUGACAACGGGUAUCACACAAUGAGUUCUGCGGAUAUAGCCGUCGGUCCAAUCACAAGCCAUCAGAUCCCUCCCCAUGGUAUCAAUGAUCAACAACAACAGAUGCACCUCCCACUGCACCAUCAACACCAUCAGUACCAGCAUGCACAGCGACCACCACAACCAGCACAUCAGCAUCAACAGCAGCAUCACCAGCAGCCGCAGCAGCAACAUCAGCAGCAGCAUCAGCAGCAACAUCAGCAGCAACAUCAGCCUCCGACACAUCAUCCCCUCCAGUCCUCAAACCAUGGAAAUCACGCGACUCAUCUCUUGAACUCUGUAUCAAGUGGUGCCACAUCACAGCAUCAUUCCAAUUCCAGCUCUCACCGCUCCACACCAUCGCAAAUGAUGAAAAAACAUCAGGUUCCACUACAGCAGCAGCAGCAGCACCUUCACCACCCCCACCACCAGCACAACUUUCAACAGCAACACUCUACAGUGAUAAAUACUCAUCAAAAGCCAGGUGCAGCAGCUGCAGCACCAGCGCCAAGUCGACCACCACCACCGCCACCGCCUCCACAACAUUCUGCUGCACAGGCUGGUGGUAGCCAUCCUGACGUUCCCAUGCUAAAGAGGGUAGUCACUGGAUCUCGGAGAGGCCCAACACCGGCUGCUGCACUUUCGCAGUCUUCACAGUUUCAGUCUAUGGUGUGACGUGAACACUUGAACCUUUCAGCCUUGCUGCUGCUAAGCACUAGUGUCUUGUAGUGGCAGCCGAGGACAUUUCUCCCACUGUCCAGGAUUGACAGCUUUCUUACUGAAGCCAUCAUGCUCUGCGGUGAGUUAUCAUUCCGCUGUACAACUACUGCUGCUGCCUCUUGGUUAUGUUCAUGAAAACGAACAUGCACCCACGAUCACUGUCUAGUUAAAUGGACCUGUUCAUAGUAUUGGUUGCUGAAUCUUGCUCAAUCAUAGACUGUCAGAAUACUGGAAAUGCAGCAUCAUGGAGCUGACUGCCGUUCAUGGUAAAAUAUGUUUUCACUGAUAAAUGAUUGCUGAUCAAUGUGAAUAGAGUUUCUCCCCGCGCUUUUUUGAGUCAAUAUCCUCCGGUUAGUUCAAUGUUACUGAUAAUGUUGAUCACACGGUCACAUGACUAUUUUGUGCUUCUCUCAGAUUCUGAUGACUUGAUAUCUACUUCAUUAGGUUAACACACGUCUUAGUUUCACCAUGUAUUUCAUACACCACUUGUAUGGUACAGGAGCUGAUUAUAUGUGCAUAACAAACAACCCAUGUUACAAUCAUAGAGAUGAAUCGCAACCAGCGAUCCAAUAGACGUAUAAUCAUGAUAGUAGAAGGCUAUAAACUGUGCUCUCAUUAAUUUUAGAUAUUAAAAAUAAUUUUAUCACUUUUGUAGAGACACAUUAUGCACGUUUGCCAUUUCCAGUGCUUUCCAGUUUCUCACGAAAGUUGUAAAUCCGUGCUGUAAAGUGAUUUUUUUAAA